GUGCAGUGUUGAGAGUUUGUUGUUUUUGUGUAUAACAGAAAAUGUUGUUGUAUUGAAACGACGAGGGAGAAGUAGGAGUUGGAGUUGGAGUUGAAGUAAUACGCCGUGUUUUGUUGUCGAUAAGCCGUAGCUUGGAGUGGUGCAACAUGAGAGUACGAGCCGCAUAGAGGUGUAAUCAAAGGAAAACUUAUCCACGUGGUGUAAAAUCCACAAUUGUGUUAAAGGAAAUCGAACGAACGCUGAUUAUAGAAACGGAGCCGGAAGCGCUCUACUGGAACACGACCUAAAGUAUCAAGCGAGCGAGAGAGAGAGAGAGAGAAACAGAGAGCUCCGGAGAGAGCUCAAAGAGCAAGAGGGGAGAAAGAGAGAUUAAGCGAUGUCGCUUCAUAGCGGCCUUAUCGCGUUGUUCUUUGUGCUCGUCGUGCUGAGUAGCCGCCUGGAGCUGCUGGAAGCACAGCGUACACCACAGCAUGGGCAUCGCGAUCGUCCGAGGAACACACCACGUCAAUAUGUGCAGGCGCAUCCCUGUGAUCGCUCCUCAUGCUAUCCGGCAACGGGUAAUCUACUUAUCGGACGUGAGAAUCGCCUGACGGCGAGUUCAACGUGUGGCCUGAAAUCUCGAGAGAGAUUCUGCAUCUUGUCACAUUUGGAGGAUAAAAAGUGUUUCCUUUGCGAUUCACGGGAGGAAACGCGCAAUGAUCCCAAGCUAAAUCAUCGCAUCGGACAGAUUGUCUAUAAGACCAAACCGGGCGUUGCCACCUGGUGGCAAUCGGAGAACGGCAAACAGAAUGUCACCAUUCAGCUCAACUUGGAGGCCGAAUUUCACUUCACCCAUUUGAUAAUUACGUUCGCUACUUUCCGCCCGGCCACAAUGUACAUUGAGAGGAGUUUCGAUUUUGGCAAGACGUGGCAUAUUUAUCGUUAUUUUGCUUAUAACUGCGAGGAAUCGUUUCCGGGCAUACCGACAGUUUUGAAAAACAUUACAGAAGUUGUGUGCGAUUCGCGUUACUCUGGUGUGGAACCAUCUCGCAAUGGUGAAGUCAUCUUCCGUGUGCUGCCACCGAGUUUCACUGUCAAGGAUCCGUAUGCUGAGCACGUACAGAAUCAACUGAAGAUGACCAAUUUGCGGAUACAUAUGACCAAGUUGCACAAGCUGGGCGAUAAUCUGCUCGACAAUCGACUGGAGAACGAGGAGAAAUACUAUUAUGCCAUCUCCAAUAUGGUUGUUCGUGGCUCCUGCUCCUGCUACGGUCAUGCCUCACAGUGUCUGCCGCUCGAUAAGUUUUCAACGCAGGAUUACGAUAUGGUGCACGGUCGUUGCGAUUGUACGCACAAUACAAGGGGUCUGAAUUGUGAGGACUGUCAGGAUUUCUACAAUGAUCUGCCGUGGAAGCCGGCGUUUGGCAAGCAUACGAAUGCGUGUAAGAAAUGUGAAUGCAAUAAUCAUGCUGUCAGUUGUCAUUUCGAUGAGGCCGUCUUUGCCGCCUCCGGAUUUGUGUCCGGUGGCGUUUGCGAUAAUUGUCUGCACAAUACACAGGGACAGCAUUGUGAGGAGUGCAUGGCAUUCUUCUAUCGCGAUCCCCUCGAGCAGCUGAGCAGUCCCAAUGUGUGCAAGGCGUGCGAUUGUGAUCCGGAUGGUUCGUUGGAUGAUGGCAUUUGUGAUUCGGUUAAUGAUCCGGAGAAUGGUGCCGUUGCCGGCGCCUGUCACUGCAAGCCGAAUGUGACGGGUCGACGUUGCGACAGAUGCAAGGAGGGCUACUGGCAACUGAAUCAAGCCAAUCCGGACGGCUGUGAGUCGUGCACCUGCAACACCCUCGGUACGGUCAACAAUUCCGGCUGCAAUAUGCACAACGGUGAGUGCCACUGCAAGCGUCUUGUCACCGGCAAGGAUUGCAACCAAUGCCAGCCGGAGACUUUCGGUCUCUCCGAAUCCGAGGAUGGUUGCACCCACUGCAGCUGUGAUAUCGGCGGCUCCUUUGACAACUAUUGCGAUGUGCUGACCGGACAGUGUCGUUGCCGUUCACACAUGACCGGACGUACGUGCUCGCAACCGAAACAGAAUUACUUUAUACCCGAUAUACACUCCGUGUACGAGGCCGAAACAACCGAUAUGUGUGUCACGUAUGCCAGCAAUGGCAACUGCAGCGUUGUGCUGCAACCGUUGCCCCCCAAUCAGGAGCCACCGUUUACGGGCAGUGGUUACGCCCGGGUGAAGGAGAAAUCCGAAAUGAUCUUCAAUGCCGACAAUAUUAAACACUCGAUGCCCUACGAUGUAAUCAUACGCUAUCAGACAACAUCGCCCGGCGAUUGGGAGGAUGCGUACAUAACGCUGAUACGGCCCGAUGAGAUUGAUCCGAAUGGGGAAUGCGCCGAGGCCAUCCAAUCACCGAUUACCGAAAUUCGAGUGCCAUUUUCGCUGCCCGAUAGGGAACGGCAGGUGGUGCCGCUGCAAGAUGUUUGCCUCGAGGCUGGUAAAGAGUAUCGUUUCCGUAUUCUAUUUGAGAGACGUCGUCACGACGAGGACAAUCCCUCGGCAACCAUAUUGGUCGACUCCCUUACGCUAAUACCACGCAUCGAAGUCACGCCCAUUUACAAGGCAUCCUCGGGUCGAAUGAGCGACUACAUCAACAUGAACUGCACCCAUUUGCUAUACGAUAUGCGCUAUAAGAAUCGCUUGCCAGCUGUCUGCCGCAAUAUGGUGCACGAUGCGAGCGUGUACAUCAAUAACGGAGCAAGCAUGUGCAAUUGCAAUCCGACAGGUUCGUUCAGCAAGGAGUGCGAUUCGAAUGGCGGCUUCUGUCAGUGCAAACCCAAUGUUGUGGGACGCCAGUGUGAUCAGUGUGCGCCGGGCACCUAUGGCUUCGGGCCGGAGGGUUGUCGGGCCUGCGACUGCAACAGCAUUGGCAGCAAGGAUAACAAUUGUGAUCUGCUGACGGGUCAGUGUGCCUGCCAUCCCAACACCUACGGUCGAGAGUGUAAUCAAUGCCAGCCGGGCUAUUGGAAUUUCCCGGAGUGUCGCGUCUGCGAGUGCAAUGGACAUGCGGCACUGUGUGACCCACUAACCGGACAGUGUCUCAACUGCCUGGACUCGACGACGGGCUUCCGCUGCGACUACUGUCUGGAUGGCUACUAUGGCGAUCCGUUGCUUGGCAGCGAGAUCGGUUGUCGCGCCUGUCGCUGCCCAGAUACCACAGCCAGCGGCAUGUCGCAUGCGAAUGGUUGCUCCCUGGAUCCGACAAAUAAUAACAUGCUGUGCCACUGCCAGGAUGGAUAUGGAGGUGCCCGCUGUGAGAUCUGUGCCGAUAAUCAUUAUGGUUCACCAGAAAAUGGCGGCACGUGCAGCAAAUGCGAGUGCAGCAACAAUAUUGAUACGUACGACACGGGCAACUGUGAUGGACAGACGGGCGCUUGCUUGAAGUGCCUGUACGACACAACUGGGGAUCACUGUGAGCUGUGUCGCGAUGGCUACCACGGCGAUGCACUGCAGCAGAAUUGCCGGCAAUGUGAAUGUGAUUUCCUUGGCACGAAUCGAACGCUCGCUUAUUGCGAUCGCCACACCGGACAGUGUCCAUGCCUGCCCAAUGUUGAGGGACUGCUGUGCAAUCAGUGUGCGUUGAACCACUGGAAGAUCGCCACCGGCGAGGGCUGUGAGCCGUGCAAUUGUGAUGCAAUUGGCGCAAUGCAGGAACAGUGCCACACAUUUACCGGUCAGUGCGAAUGCAGGCAAGGCUUUGGUGGCAGGGCGUGCAAUCAGUGCCAGGCCCACUACUGGGGCAAUCCGAAUGAGAAGUGCCAGGCGUGUAUGUGUGAUCAGUUUGGUGCCGCUGAUUUCCAGUGUGAUCGGGAGACGGGUCAGUGUGUGUGCCACGAGGGCAUCGGUGGCGACAAGUGCAAUGAGUGCGCACGUGGCUAUCUCGGACAAUUCCCGCACUGUGCUCCAUGCGGUGAGUGCUUCAACAAUUGGGAUUUGAUACUGACUGCCUUGGAUGAGUCGACGCGGGCAACGAUACAGCGCGCCAAGGAGAUUAAGCAAGUGGGCGCCACGGGCGCAUAUACAGCCGAGUUCAGUGAGCUGGACAAGAAGCUGCAGCACAUUAGGGAUCUGCUCCAGAAUACCUCGGUCAGUCUGCUCGAUAUGGAUAAGUUGGAUGCGGCUGCCAAAGUGAUCAAGCAGCAACUCUUUGACUCCCAUCAGCGUUUGAGCAAGACGGAAAACGAUCUGGAUGAAAUCUAUAAUGCACUGAGUUUAUCUGCCGUGGAGCUGGAGGGAUUGCAGAAUCAUUCGCGUCUGGUGCAACAGCUCUCCAAGGAGCUAAAGGAGAACGGCAUACAGCUGCAGGAGUCCAACAUUGAGGGUGCGCUCAAUCUGACCAGACAUGCCUACGAGCGCGUCAGCAGCCUCACAGCGCUCAAGGAUGAGGCCAAAGAGCUGGCCUCGAACACGGAUCGCAAUUGCAAGCGUGUGGAAACGUUGUCGAACAAGAUUAAGGAUGAGACGGAUGCGAUUGUGAAUAAUGACAAGAUCAUUGACGAAUACCGUUCGGAAUUGAGCGCACUGACCUCCCAAAUACCGGAUCUGAAUAAUCAGGUGUGUGGCAAGCCGGGCGAUCCUUGCGAUAAUCUUUGCGGCGGCGCUGGCUGUGGCAAGUGCGGUGGUUUCCUCUCCUGCGAGCAUGGCGCACGCGCUCACUCCGAGGAGGCACUCAAAGUGGCCAAGGAUACCGAGCUGGCCAUAACCAGCAAAAAGGACGAAGCCGAUCAGAUCAUACGUUCGCUGACCCAAGCCAAACUGAACGCCUCGGAGGCGUAUCAGAAGGCCAAAAAAGGAUUUGAAGAGUCGGAACGUUAUUUGAAUCAAACGAAUGAGAGCAUCAAGCUGGCAUCCAAUUUGAUCAAUGCCGUCAAUGACUUCCAGCAGAAUAAGACAGCGCAGCCGGAGGAGAGCAAGAAGCUGGCGCAGGAUACGCUGCUCCUGGACCUCACGCUCGAUCCCAAGGAGAUCGAGUCGCUGGGCGUGCAGAUCAACGAUGCCGUUUCCUCGCUAAAGAACGUCGAAUCGAUUAUCGCCCAGACACGACCCGAUCUGGAGCGUGUCAACGAACUGCAGAGCACUGCCAACAGUACCAAAGCCACUGCGAAUAAUAUUCUUGAAACGGCCAAUACCGUGGUCGAAAAUCUGGCCUUAGCGGCUGAGUCUCAGGGCAAAGCGCAGGAUGCCAUACAACAGGCAAAUAGCAACAUUGAGCUAGCCGCCAAGGAUCUUGAGGAGAUCGAUCGGGAAACAAAGGAAGCCGAAUCGCCGGCAAAUGUCACCGCCAAGCAGGUCGAGGAUCUGGCCAAGAAGGUGCAGCGCCUGCAAAAGAAUAUACUGAAAAACGAACUGGACGCCAAAGAGAUCACCAAGGAGGCGAACCGUGUCAAAUUGGAGGCAAUACGCUCCCGUGGCGAGGCCAGCAAUCUGCAGUUCUUGACCAGUGCCACAAAUCAAACGCUCACCGAUCGCGCUAUUCACUCGGAAAAUGCUCGUGAGCGGGCCAAGCAAUUGCUGCAGCGCGCCUCGAUGCUAACGGUGGAUACCACCGAGAAGCUCAACGAGCUCAAUCAGUUGCAGGACACCUAUCUGGAGAAGAAUGAGAAGUUGGCCCAACUGCAGGACUCUAUUGAGCCGCUCAAAGUUGAGCUCACCAAGUAUCUGCAAAACAUUCAAGAAAGAGCCGUCAACUAUCGACAGUGCACAGUUUAAAAUGAGUUGCAAGCCAGUUGCGGCCAGCUCGCCCCCCAUUGCCAUAUUUCAUGAACAAAAUGCGUUUAAUAAGCAGCAAGCGAGAAGCAAAGGCAAAGUUAUUUCUAUUUAACGCUGUUAAGUGUAACCGUUACGUUUUGUACUAUAAGCAAUCAAUGUUAACUGCAAUAAUCAAUUCAAAUUUAUGCCAUUUUUACGCCUUUGAGCUACGUUUAUUUUAUAAAUCCUAUCGAAAAACAAACACAAAAACAAAAAAAAAAGAAGGCAAAAACCACAUUUUGUAAUGCAACAAACUAAAUACAAAUAUAAUAAAUAUAAUUAAAAUACAUACUACUUAAAA